GCCUGAUCAUUUGAUUUUCUCCUCUGUUACGAGUUGAAAGUUUGAGCCGAGAGCUGCUCGCCCGCCGCCGCCGCCGCCGAUAUUAUUAUCCGGUAAUCGCGCCAUAAUUUAAUAUCCUCUCUCUCGGCAGCGAGGGCGAAAUCCAAUUACCCGGCCGCACGGCACUGCUCCAGCUAAUAAGUAGCGGCGUACACACGUCUUUAAUCAUGGAUUACUCGUACCUCAACCAGGGCUUCGAGGCGGCCGCCAACUCGGCCGCCAGUUGCUCGCUCGCCAGCAUGGAGGCGGCCGGCAUGGCCUGCUCGUACCCGGACCUCGCCUCCUGCGGCCAGAUGGGCCAGGCGUACCGCUACUCGGCGGCCAUGAGCAGGUACAACCACCCCAGUCCCGGCCAGUGCGCCGUCAUGGCCCGCGGAGGGCCGCAGGAGCACCACCGGGCGGCCGCCGCUGCCGCGGCCAUGUUCCCGACCUCAAUGAAUCUGCAAUCCGGCCUUCCCUACAAAGUGUACCCUGGCCACGAAGGCGUUUUGACUGAGAAACGGAAGCAGCGACGGAUCAGGACCACUUUCACCUCUGCCCAGCUGAAGGAGCUGGAGCGCGCCUUUCAGGAGACCCACUACCCUGACAUUUACACCAGGGAGGAAAUCGCCAUGAAAAUCGACUUGACUGAGGCCAGAGUCCAGGUUUGGUUCCAAAACCGACGGGCCAAGUUCCGGAAGCAGGAGCGGCUAGCGCAGCAAAAGGCCAAUCAAGGCUCUUCCGGGGCCAACGGCGGCGCUUCAACGCCUGGCAGUGACGUUGGCGGUCCUCAGAGCCAGAGUUCGACGCCUGGGGUCAAAAGUGAGCCCAAGUCGCAGGGAAAGGAAAGCUCCAAGCCCAGUGGCGGCAUCAACAACCAGUCCGUCGACAUCAAACCAAUCAAUAAUGGAGUGCUCAAAAUGGACGAGGUGAGCAACAACAACAACAAGUGGUCUCCAUCCGGGGGCCUCGGAGGUGGCUCGUGCGGCGGCAAACUUGGUUCAGGUGGCGCCGGGGGCGGCAUGGGCCACAACCAGCAGCAAAACCACCUUCUGGGGCCCUUUUCCUCCUUGCUUGGAGCGUCAGGCCCGGCGGCCGCGGCCGCCUUUGUGCUCGAGCAUCACCACUCUGCGCCGCACCACGCACCCCUCCACCACAAGCAGCCUCAAGCUCAGGCGCCGCACCUCUUCUGAGACUCGUCCCUGCUGGCCGAGGCGCUGCUCCUCGAACUGCCGGCCACCUGAGAAGCUGCGGCCGCUUUUCAGCCCUGUACAUACAAUAGUUAGUUUGAGAAAAACUACUCCCAUGUUUUAGUCAGGCCGACUAGUCGCAAGAUGAACUUCCGCCGUUCUGGGAAAGCAGGUCAGGUCUCCAACCUUUUGUUUUACUUCUUUUUCUUUACCUUUUUUUUUAUAUUUUUGCUACGUUAUUACCAAGAAGGUACCAGCAGUAUUACUGCUGAUUAAAAUUAUUUCCUAAUGAGAAAUCCAAAAAUACUUUUAAUUAAUAAUAAUUUAUUUUACUUUGCUUCGGAAUUUUCUGUAAUUAUUUUAAAUUCAAUUAUUAAAAAUUUUCAAUAACCUUUAAAAUUACUCCGAUUGAACUGGUAAAAUAGAAUCCCUUUGGUAGCUUUGUCUGAAAAUAUAUACGACGCCUUCCUAAAUUUAAAAUCAAGACUCAGCUUCAGAAUUUAUUCUUUUAUUUUGUUUUACCACAUUUUAUUUUCAAAUGGAGACCUGAAAUUUGUCUGUGUGCGUGAUUUGUAAAUAUAGCAAAAUUUCUCACGCAAGAUUGUGCUUGUUGUGUAAAAAAAAACUAAACAGAGCGGCGCGACCGUGCGGAUUCCCAGCAGCAUUUUCUAGUCCUUAAGCGCAGCGGAAUUUUUUGAUUUCCCAGCUGAAUGUGUAUGUACAAAAUAAUCGUGUUAAU